AUGAAAUCAAUAUUAAUAUUCUUGAUUCUUUUAUUCUCCUACAUAAAUUUAAUUCUUGCUCAAACCACGUUAACGGUAUUAAGCAAUUUUAAUUUGACAACGACGUGUGAAACAUUCAUAACAUCUCUAAUUAACGACGAGGACAUCAAUGAAUGUUUACCAAUAUACACGAUCAUAAUAAGUGUUCCGCCACUUCUACCUACAUAUCCUACAAAAAAUUCAAAAGAUAAGCUUGAUAUCUUUGCGCAAUUAGUAAGUCAAACGUGUCAAUUGCCAAAAUGCCACCCUUCCUUGACUCAAAAUACCGCAUUAAAAUUACAAGAAGAUUGUUCCCAAGAUUUAAUGCAACAAAAUAUAAUGGUUACAUUGAAUUGGAUAUUAUUUUCUCAUUAUAAACCUAUACAAGAACUGAUUUGUAAAAGGAAUAGUUCAAAAAUACCUAAACCCACAACAACUAUUACUUCAACCCUUUCACCUCCAACAAUUACAACAAGUACAAAAGAAAAAAGCGCAGAUAAUGAUGAUGAUAAGGAGGGAAGUUCGCCUCCAACGACACCGGAGGACGAUUCCUCAUUUUUUAAAACCUUGGAGGCAUUACCCGAUUCAUUAAUUUGUACCGAUUGUAAUAAGGCCAUGAUGUCAGUUGCAAUAAAUUAUCUCAAAGAAAAUCCGACGGUAUUAACGGUGAUAAAUGUGAAUGAAACUCAAAUACAACGAGCUUCUCUAAUUCUUGAAUUAAAAUGUGGCAAUUCGUUCUUGGAUGCUCGCGUGGGUCACUUAUCAUGA